GUCAGUUCGUUUUCGGUCGCCGUUCUCUUCGUGUUUUGUUGUUGUCAUUUGAAUUUAGAACUUUCGUCACAAGGAUCGCGAACUUUUAUGAAACUCUUGUGUUUGUAAUUGUUUUGUUAUAGACACUUGGAAGGAUUUUUCGGGAUUACGUGUGUGUAAGGAGACAGGUUUUAGUUAGAAAAAGACGUGUGGGGUGUGUUGGCAAAGUGUUUUGUGGUCACAGGUGUCGCAUUCCAGCGGGGACGCCGUCGCAGCCUCCGUAGUCUAUAGAACCUAAUCUGUCGAAUACCUUAGCAGGUGGACGUAACAUUACCUAUUUUUAAUAACAAAUUAAGAAUGGCGGCGCUGCUAUGAACAAUAAAUCACGUUCAGAUGGCGCACUGGAACGGAUGAUUUAGGGAAUGCAAGCACCUCGGAGUAAUUAUUGCUGAGAUGGCGCGGUGGGGCGCGCUUAUCCAGCACACAACGAUUUGGCUUCUCGUCUCUUUAUUGCCGAUAGCAUGGGCGACUCCAGGACCGUGCGAAGUGGAGACUGGACAGUCCAGCAUCAUAGUUGACAUUGAGGAGAGCAGAGGAGAUCAAGUCAACCAAACAACUGUGCCAGAAGUGUUACCGAUCGUUGGUGAACCCGAUGUGGACGUGGUGCUGUCAACUGUAUUCCCAAAAGGCCCAACUCUAUUCCAACUAGAUGGAAAACGCUUGCAAUUACUCCAGCCUCUGGAUAGGGACGCUGACAACUUAUCGCAUAUGGUAUUCCAGCUGGUCUGUCAAGUGAAAGCGACGAAAAAGCGACGGACGAUACCUGUGAUUGUGAGAGUAUCAGACAUCAAUGAUAAUGCACCCGUGUUUCAAGGCACGCCCUAUGAAACUGGUAUAUCUGAGCUUGUCCCAAUCGGCACUACAAUUUUCGAUGGUGUACGAGCAGUGGAUAGCGACGCAGGCGUCAACGGACUCGCGGAGUAUUUCAUAAUACCAGGAGAUAAUAACACGUUGGAUGCAGCGAACGCAGUUGACGGCAACGGCUACUUUGCAAUACCUCUACCUCAUCAGGGACAUGUGACAGUCAACAGGAGUUUGGAUUACGAGCGCACGAAGAAAUAUCUAGUCACUAUUGUUGCUUCUGAUCGUGCUCGUGAUACCAAACAGCGUCUGUCAAGUACUACAACGCUUAUCGUCAACGUACAGGAUGACGACGACCAGGAUCCUUCCUUCAUUUAUAAAGGAUGCACUAUGCAUGAUGGUGCUUGUAUCAAUCCAGAAUAUAAUAGCUAUGUAAACGGCGGCGUUCUCGCAGGAAUCUUAACAAUAGAGCCCGACAAAAUUCAAGCUGUGGACAUGGACACACUUGAUGCCCGCAUCAAAUACAGCAUAGAGAGUGGGGAGCCAGAGUCCUGGAGCACUUACUUCGAUAUUGAUGCAAAUACUGGAGCUGUCAGGCAGUUGGUGCCUGUGGAUACCAGUAUAGCUAAGAAGUUCCAACUGAUAGUCAAGGCGGAAGAGGUGUCUGAAGCGAAACGCUUUACAACCGCCAAGCUAACGAUCACAGUGCGUCCAGUGGACGCCAGUCCACCUGUAGUAGCCGCAUCAUUAGACGAAGGCCAGGUCGAGGAGAAUUCACCAAAAGGAACUAAAGUGCUGGAUCUUCAAGGACAACCUAUAAAAUUGAGCGUUUCGGACCCUGAUUUGGGGCCAGGUGAUCCCAUACCGAAAUACAAAUUUGAGUUGACAACGAACUUCUUUGAUAUCGACAAAGAUGGCUAUCUCAUAGUGGCAGACGAUACAUUGGAUCGCGAUGCUCCGAACACUGGCAAAUUCAGAUUCCAAGUGGUCGCCCGUGAAGUAAACGGUGGUGCGGCCUCUGCGCCAUAUUCAUUGGCAGUAAAGCUUCUGGACCAAAACGACAACGCUCCGGUUAUACCAAAGACACAACCUAUCACUGUACCUGCUAGUUUAGAACCUACUGCUGUUUAUAAGGUGGAAGCGACAGAUAUCGACGAGGGUGAGAACGCGCGUAUUUCGUACAGCAUUUACCACGUAUCUAACAACGGUGGCAAUAAGUUCACUAUUGACCCCACCACUGGUGUUAUAUCCAGCACGGGUCGCCUACAAGCGGGUGAACAAUACAGUGUGACAAUAAGAGCAACAGACGCUAAGGGCUUGAGUUCUCAAGGAAUAGUUGAGCUGAUGGUAGCGCCGGGGCCAAACACGCGACCCCCGCAGUUCUCUUCGAGAGAUUACUACGCGCCGGUGUCAGAGGGGGCUGCUAUUAACUCCACUGUCACCACUGUUACUGCCAAAGAUCCAGAGAACGAACCGGUUACAUAUUCCAUCGCAUCUGGGAACGACCUCCGGCAAUUCGCCAUUGGUUCCAACACUGGCAUUAUUACGGUCAUAAGACGGCUCGAUAGGGAAGUUCUUACGAGAUACCAGUUGAUGGUAAGAGCCGAGGAUCCUGGCAAGCUGUCGACGACAGCCACCGUGAAUAUUAAAGUUACCGAUAUCAACGAUAAUAAUCCAAAGUUCGAUGAAGAUUCCUAUUCAUUCCAAGUUAAAGAAGGUAAAUCAGGUGAAUACGUAGGCUACGUCCACGCAACCGAUAUAGAUGACGGAGUGAACGCAAUGAUCACUUACAGUAUACCCUCCCACCUACCUUUCAACAUAGAUAACGCUACCGGAAUGAUAAACACAAACACCGAGCUGGAUUAUGAAGAUACUAAGGACUACGCAUUCGUAGUGACUGCAACCGACGGGGCAAUAGAUAAACGCCUCGGCACCGCAUCUGUCACUGUAAGAGUAGAAGACGUUCCGGAUGAACAACCUAUAUUCGCACAGGCUUUAUACUCUGUACACGUGCCUGAGAAUGCACCCAAUUACCCUGUUGUUAAAGUCCACGCUGAAGACCCAGAUACAAUGCCAGAAGUAACUUACACAAUAAUCAAGGGAGACACCGAUCUGUUCUCUAUAGAUCGCAAGUCUGGUUUAAUAAGAACACUACAACCUCUGGAUAGAGAGAUAAGUGCAAGACAUGAGUUGGUUGUUGGCACCGAGGAAAAUAACGAGCCGGGAAGUGGAGCUACUACUACUGUGGAAGUACUGGUAGAUGACAAAAACGACAACGCACCUAUUUUCACCUCGGCCGUGCGUCCCGUAACAAUAGAAGACACAUCAUCGAUUGGGAGUUUGGUCGAAACCGUCGUAGCGGCAGACGCCGAUGCCACCGCCCCUAAUAAUAGGAUCAGAUACGCGCUGGCCGGUAGGGGCAAAGCAUCUAAAUACUUUCACGUGGAACCAGAUACUGGUGCUGUUAAAGUACGGGACGAUUUGAGGAAGGAAACCGAUAGUGAAUAUACCGUUGACAUACAAGCUUACGAUCAGGGCGAUCCUGUGAUGUCUUCAGUGAUGAGCCUCACAGUUUACGUCAGCCAUUCAGCUAUAGUGCCACCCGAUGUGAGACUUGGAUUCCCUGACACAGUUUACACAGAGCACGUUGCCGAAAACUCCCCGAACGGCACGCUUGUAAGGACAUUACCUAUUUGGAACAAGAAAAAGCAUUCGCGAGACACUCCAUUGAAGUGUCUCCUCACUGAUGCUACCCAGAAAGGCAUUUUCUACGUUAAACUUACUGAAGAACGAGACUGCGCAAUCUACCUAAACAGUUCAUUGGACUACGAAUCUCUAACGGAAUAUUCGCUAGAGAUUCAACUGGAGUCUAUACAAGGUCUUAUAAACCCUGAAGCAAAUAAAGCAGUGAUAAGGGUGCAUGUAACUGACGUUAAUGAUAAUGCGCCAAUGUUCAUAUUCCCUGAACAAUCUACAAUUAUUGGGGCCAAAGGGAAAUAUUUCGCAAUCGCUACUAAAGAAAUGCCUUUAGGUGCUAACGUGUUGCAAGUGAAGGCGAAGGAUAAGGACAGCGGCGAUUUCGGUAAAAUAGAGUACCGUAAAAACGCGUGGACUAAAGCUGCCGAUGAGUACUUCACACUCGAUGCGGAUACUGGAGUCAUUAGUAAUAUUAAAACAUUCGAGAAUGUUCCCAAAGAAGUUCUGCCCUUCAAGUUCAAUGUCAUGGCCAGAGAUAAUCCUAAAGCCGAAGAUUAUAAGACUGCUAGAGCGUCUGUUGUGAUAAAUCUGCUACAAAAAGACAACCAACUGAUAGUCGAAGUGGCAGACCUAAACAUAAACGCAAUGUCUCCAUUACAAGCACGUAACUUACUCUCAGGUAUAGAAGAAAAGAGUGGUUUAGUCGCUGGCUUGGAGAAGUUAACUCCCAGGUUAUACUUGGGAGAGAAUGGGACAUUGGAAAGUGAUACGAGGAGUACUAAUGUGUGGUUGUACUUGCUCGAUCCGAAUACUGGAGAAAUAUUGACGCGAGAAUCGCAGCCGGUGAAGAAAGCAAUAGACAACGGUGUAGCAAUCCAAGCCCCUCUUAUACCUGCCGAACAGCCCCGAAGGCCUCAAUUAGCGGCUGCCCCGCUAACUACAGCUUUACCUGCGGCUUUGCUCGCGUUAGCCGCAUUAGUUCUUGUAGCUGCGACUGCCGCAACUAUCUACAUAUGCGCCUCUUGGAACCGGUACAAAAAGCACAAAGAACAGGCAUUACAGCAGUAUGGAACACUUAGUAUGAGCAUGGCGCCUCCAAGACCGCCCUCGGGCUACGAGUCAAGUGAAGAUGAACCAGCACCUAGAUACGAGACACAAGUUUUGAAUAUGGCUGUGGACGAUGCAGAUUUGCAGCUCGACUUCAGCUCUAAUAACCAUGCAUUCAAUUUUCAUAAUGUGCAAUAUUUAUCCAAAGACAAUGGUGAAAGAAGUCCAACGCUCUCCGAAACCGCAACAACGGCUCGCGCCUCCAGCGUCAACGAAAACGGUGGAACAUUAAAUAAAGUUCACAACCACAAUUUCGACAGUCUCGCGAACAACACAUCCAACGCUCGCAAUACACAGACGUUGAACCGACGAGUGCCAAACAAUCACGCAUUGAACAACGCGCUCGGAACUUUACCGCGAGUCAAUAAUAAUAACUUAGGCGGAGGUCUAUUGGCUGCAACCUUGGGUAGGAAGAUAAACAGCGGGAACCAUAAGAAAAAAGCAACGCAGCCUAUAAUGGCGUAUGAUGAGAUUCCUGGAUUGCAAAGGUCCACGGAUAACGACAACGUGAUAUUCGGGAAGCGAAACUUCAGUGGAUUCUCUUACGAACAAUCACCAGUCGAAACCACCACAGAGCUUUAAGUUCAUCUCCAAAUAUAAUAAAACAAUGAGACAUUGUGAAAAGUGAAUAGAUGUGAAAACAAAACUGAAUCUCAGCCUUAAAAUACUAGACAAUAAAGUGUUUGUGUUCAACGAAAUGUAUUUUAAUAUAUUAAAUAAUAUACGACUGAAUAAAUGCUUCAAAUGAUAGGUAUUACUUGUAUAAUGUAAUAUUAGACUGUAUACGUGUUUAUAUAGAUUUUUACAUAACUUGAAAUUGUGGCGAUGUUUACAUCACAAAUUUCUAAAUAAUGUAAGCCAUGUACAAUGCGAUCAGGUUAAUUUCAGGAGACCGUGAAAUACAGGAAUAUCGUCAUCCAAUUCUUUUCCAUUAUAUUUUGUACCAAUUUUUUCGUAAUGCUAUGAAACUUCAGUCUCUAAAAAUAAAAUACAGGUUCGAUUUACCUACCUUUCAUCUGUUUUUUAAAGGAUAUUCUCCUUUAUCUCACGUAGCUGGGUUCCACGUACAUUUUUGCAAAGGGGAAUCCCGGCGUAUUGAGUGUUCAGUCGCUCAUUAAGCUAAACUAAACAACCAUUUUCCAUUUUUUUUCUUCCAUCUAUCUUUCUAGACACGUAUAUAGUCUGAGAAUGUUAAUGACGAAUUUUUAUUGUAACUUUAUACGUUUGUAAUUACUUAGCGCGGGCUAGUCUUUUUAACUGAACAAAUUGUGCAUAAUAAUAUAAAACCUUGUAAAUAAUAGAGGCAUUACGUAAAAUGUAUAUUUUUGUAGGUUACCUACCUGAACUGUAAAUACAGGUACGAAAUAUUUUGUAUAGACCUAUUAUAAUAUCUAAUAAUUACAACAAUUUAUUAUUUAAAGCCUUUACACACAACGACGUUUUGCGCUAACUUGCGACACAACCGCUUUGAAUUCGGACCACAUUCAAAGAAUUUUAUUUAAUAGAUACUUUUAUUACUUUCGGAAUUAUGUUGGACAUAUUAUAACUAUCAUUUUAGGAAGGAGACAAAACUUUAUGAUUUGACAAUGUUUCAUGCAAAUGGUUUAAAUUUCCGCAAAACAUCUUAGCAUUCGUUAAUUCCAAAAUUAGUAACUAAAUUUCUCAUUAGCUCUUGAUUUAAAGAUAAUAGGUUGCCUCUGUAUUGCGUUUACAUUUCAAGAAGCAUCUUAUGAGAUGAUUUUACUGCGCGUGAAAAUGUCGCAGUGUGCAAAGGGCUUUAGGCAUGGUUUAUACAUAAAUAGUGAGUUGCGUGAAUACAUAAUUUCUGCAUUUCUGUAUGAACCACGCAUUAUUGUGGAUAUUGUGGCGCCAUGUGCCAUUGAAUUAAUCUAGGCUUACAUUACGCUAUUAUAAAAUAGACAUGUGUAAACUGAGGUAAUUCGAAUACUCUUGAGAUACGGAAGUGAUUCUGGUACUGUUUAAAGUUACGUCUGAAUAGCCCAUGUACUCAUAAGUGAAUAGCUGUUAUUCUUCAAAACUUUAAUGAAGCAUAAACAAUUAAUAAAAUAAACGUAUCGUGUGUAGUUUCUGAGAAUAAAUUAAUUUGUUGGUUUAUAACAAUUAUUUAAAGUUAAGCGUAUUGGUAAGCUUAGCUUAAUAUUUUUAUCGCGGAGUCAAUAAUUGAAUACUUAACCAUAUAUAAUAUAUAAGAUAUAAGCCUGGAUGAUAAUUUACCAUUUAAUUAAAUAAUGAAAAAAAAUAUUGCAAUUUACGUUUCGACAUCAAAUCGAACGUAAAAUAAAAACAUGGUACUUUAUUUUUUGAAGUUAUAAGUACUUGCCAAAAUAUGUGUAAGAACUGUAUAGUUUUGUGAAUAAUUCAAUUUAUUAUAUUUAUAUUUUUUGAGGUACGUAAACGGUGAAUGUCAUCGAUACAAUUUAUAUACCUUAAUUUGAGUAAUGAAAAAACAUAACAAUUUAUUUAUCGAAAUACAAGAAAUAAAUUCAUUUUCCUUUUUUUUCAAAUGGUAGAGACCUUAAUAAUAAAAUGUAUAUUUCCUCUAACUUAUAUGAAAUUUUGAUUAUCUUUAUCAAAUUAUAUUACGCCAACAACGAAUUUUAUUUUUAUUUAAAACUGUUUACACUUUAUUCCACCUCUAUUGUGUAACAUAUUUAUAUAUUAUGGCUAAAAACUAAAACACUAAAAUAAUUAUGAGGUCUCAAUCUAUGAAUCUGAGUUUGUACGAAUUUUGUGCCAGUUACUAUAAUUCCUUAGUUCUAGAAAGCCUGUUAUUAGAAAAAAAAAAUCCUAGCAUAAUAAAACAAAUGCUCACUUUUUAUAAACAACGUUACGUAACGUUUUAGUUUAUGACUUAUGAGUUUAAUAAUCAGAAUCAAGUGAUUUGUGCCAAACGAUUUCUUAAUUAAAAAGAAAAAAUCUUUAACUAUUUUAUAUUUAUUAAUUGGUUCUAAUGUUACCUCUCUUUUUGUAUGAUAUUGUGUAAAUUUUUAUAUAAAUUCUUUUCCCUUAACUGUAAAGAAAACUAUUUGUAGUUUUUUUUUUUUU